AUGUGUGUGAAUCUGGAGGGAGCCCUGCACCAGGACCUGAUGAGAUUGUACAAUAAAAACAUCAGACCAGUGGAAAAUAAUGGAGAUAUCACACAAGUCAAGAUUAAAAUGACCCUCACUAAUCUCAUAUCUCUGAAUGAGAGAGAGGAGGCCCUGACCACCAGUGUGUGGAUUGAACUGCAAUGGUGUGAUUAUCGGCUUCAGUGGGAGAACAGGAGACAUUUUGAGGCCUAUCAGAACAUCACCCUGAUGCGUGUUCCUUCCAAAACCAUCUGGCUUCCUGACAUCAUACUGGAGAACAAUGUGGAUGGUAAAUUUGAGAUAGCGCUGUAUGUAAACGCCCUGGUCAGUCCAGAUGGCUGCGUGACCUGGAUCCCUCCGGCCAUCUACCGCAGCGCCUGCUCCAUCAAAGUCAACUAUUUCCCCUUUGACUGGCAGAACUGCAGCAUGGUGUUCAGGUCUCAGACCUACAGUGCGGAGGAGAUUGAGCUGCAGCUGUCGGUGGAGGACAACGUCACAGUGGAGUGGAUCGUCAUCGACCCUGAGGCCUUCACAGAAAAUGGUGAGUGGGUAAUCAAACACAGACCAGCUAAGAAGCUGGUAAAUGAGGGGUAUGGCCCAGACGAGCUGGAGUACCAGGAAGUGGUGUUCUUCCUCAUUAUCCAGAGGAAACCCCUCUUCUACAUCAUCAACAUCAUCGUACCCUGCGUUCUCAUCUCCUCGCUUGGCCUGCUCAUCUACUUCCUGCCCGCAAAAGCUGGGGGCCAGAAAUGCACCAUGUCCAUCGCCAUCCUCCUGGCUCAGACGGUCUUCCACUUCCUCAUCGCCAAAAAAGUUCCGGAAACUUCACAGGCUGUGCCGCUCAUCGGAAAGUACGUGAUGUUCGUCAUGUCGGUCACCACCCUCGUGGUAAUGAACUGCGUCAUCGUCCUCAACGUGUCGUUACGAACCCCCAGCACGCACUCCAUGACCGACAAAGUGCGAAAGGUUUUGCUGAAUUUCCUUCCGCGUCUGCUGAGGAUGCAGAUGCAGCGCUGGACCCCGGAGGGGGAGAGGUCGGGGGUGUCGGGCGGGGUGUCGGAGAGGCUUUCACCCCCCAGGAGGAGGCAAAGCUCAUUGAGACUGAUUGCUAAGGCGGAUGAGUACGUUUUAAAGACCGCACGCUCAGAACUCAUGUUCUGCAGACUGAAAGAAAGAGACGGACUCAUGAGAGAAACCCUGGAGAAAAUCAAGAGUGGUCUGGCCGGGGGUACGGUUCAGGAUUUGGAGACCAGUCUGGCUCAGGCGUCUGUGGAGGUACAGCAGUGCGUAGCUUCGUGCAAACACAUCGCAGAGAACAUCAAGCAGAAAAACAACUUUGAAAGUGAGAAUGAGGAAUGGUUCCUGGUGGCUCGGGUGAUUGACAGGGUGUGUUUCGUUGCCAUGGCGCUGCUGUUUCUCCUGGGGACGAUCGGAAUCUUCCUGAUGGGGCAUUUCAACCAGGCCCCCUCCCUCCCAUUCCCCGGAGAUCCAAAAACAUACCUGCCCGAAAUUUCAGAGGGAUCCACAACCUGA